UAGCCAGGUCGCAGCAGCAUGUCUCGAAUUGUGCUAAGUAGUUUAGGAGGUAGUGGCGGAAGCAACAGCAAUAAUUCUGCGUCCACCAACGCCACGACAGCCACGGCUAACUCGACUUCUGCCAUGAGCCAUGCCGCCGCCUCGUCCGCCGCGAACAAUUCCGCCGCCGCCGCCGCCGCCUCCGCGAAUAGCGUCGCCGCGAACAAUAACGCGAACGCGAACGACACCAACAACAACAAUAACGACGACGAGGAUUUCCCUGUUCCAUCCAUCUAUCGCUGUCGAGCACCGAUCGCCAGCCUCGACUGCAUGGACGACUUCCAGACCGGCGCCGAGCACUCGGCCUCCACCCUCCAGCAGGCCGCCUCCGGGGGCAACGCCAAGGCCCUCGAGCCGCUGGCGCUGAGCCCCGCCGGCGGCGCGCUCGGCGCCCUCAGCGGCGGCAGCGGCGGCGCCCUCGUCAGCAGACAGUCUUCCCUGACGCCAGGUCUGAGGUACCGCAACCUCGGCAAGAGCGGCCUUAGAGUCUCCAAUGUCGGUCUCGGAACGUGGGUGACAUUUGGCAGCCAGUUGAACGAGGAGCAGGCCGAGGAGGUUGUGACCCUGGCCUACGAUUCAGGAAUCAACCUUUUCGACCUGAGCGAGGCGUACUCGGGCACGAGGGCGGAACUCGAGCUCGGCCGCAUUCUGCAGAGAAAGGGUUGGAAGCGAAGCUCCUACGUAGUCACAACUAAAAUUUAUUGGAAUAGCAAAUCUGACGAAAGAGGCCUUUCAAGAAAACACAUUAUCGAGUCGGUGAAGGCGUCGCUGGGUCGGCUGCAGCUCGAGUACAUCGACGUUGUGAUAAUCCACAAGGCGGACGCCAUGUGUCCCAUGGAAGAGGUGGUUCGAGCAAUGAACCACGUGAUCAGCCAGGGCUGGGUCAUGUACUGGGGCACGGCGAGGUGGACCCCUGUGGAGGUGAUGGAGGCCUACACCAACUGCCGGCAGUUCAACUGCGUCACGCCCAUCAUCGAGCAGACCGAGUACCACAUGUUCUGCAGGGACAAGACGGAGCUUUACAUGCCCGAGAUGUACAACAAAAUCGGCGUCGGCAUGAUGGCCUGGUCGCCCAUUUCCAUCGGACUGAUCAGCGGAAAGCCCGAAGACGGCGGCAUGUCGCUUUUUGCCAGGGCGUCAUUUAAGAAUAAAUACUCUACAUUCAGUUGGUCGGAAGACGAAACGACACAAGCACCUGGCAAGGAAGGAUACACGUGGAUCAAGGACAGAUUGCAGCCUGAAGAAGGCGGGCGCAGGCAGCAGGACAAAUUGCGUGACGUCAGUCAACUCGCCGAAAGACUAGGCUGUUCUGUGACUCAGCUUGUGAUUGCGUGGUGCCUCAAAAACGACAGCGUCCAGUGCCUCCUGUUGGGGGCGGCUUCAGUAGAGCAGCUUUACGAAAAUAUCCAAAGUCUUCAGUUGGUGCCUAAGCUGAACACGAACAUGAUGAGCGAGCUGGAGCGGAUUUUGGAGAACAAGCCGGUGCGUCCGCCGAUGAUAUCGACGCUGGCGCUGAGAUGACAGUCAAUGUGCCCUCCCGGGGGGGCGCUGUCUUCCUCAGACCCCGGGGCGCUCAAGCAGGUGGACGCCGACGAGGUGAGCAUCGCGGCCACCGCCGCCGACGAGACCAAGGACAAGAACGUCAACUUCUGCAGUCUGCAGUGACGGCGCUCGUCGCUGCAAGGGCAGCAACGCGCCACCCCCGCCAACCCCCAGCAGCAGCAGCAGCAGAUGACGCGAUCCCGAUCCACCUCCUCCCGGGGCAUCUCCCGCAGCAGCAGCGCCACCAGCAGCCUCAGCGGCUUCGCCACCUUCAGACCAUCCCCGUCGCUCCGAACGCCACACUGAACCUUUUGAUUGAACAAAUUUUGUUUCAAAAUCUGUUGGUAAAUAUUAAAUCUUCAUUAGUUUUGAGGGAAAUUCAAAAAUUUUACCAAUAUUUCUAAUUUUUUCUGCAAAUUUUUUGUUUGACCUAAAUAAAUACAUUUGAUUUUAAAAUAUUUUAGAGGCCAACUGAUUUUGAAAUAAACAAAACUUAAGCUUUGGUGAUAGUCCAGAAAUCAAAAGAAUUAAUUCAUUUGCCAGUCCGAGUUUUUCACCAUCUGUUGGGUUAGUGGUUUUUUUUUCUUUUUCUUGCACAAACAUAAGGCAGAUUCAUAGUAAAUUUAAUUAGCUUUAAAAAUCCCUCAAAUCCGAUGAUUUUUGAGGCUAAAAAUUAUGAGCAAUGGUUAAAAUUUUGUCACUCUUUUAUUUGUUUUUAAGCUCUUAGCUGCUUUGGAAAUCGUUUUUAGGGAAAAAUGUUUCAUACAAAACUUGUAGAAAAUUUAAUUUUGCACACGUUUUGUUUUUUACAUUUCUUUCUAAAUACAAAGCAAAAAAAGUUGUAAAAGUGGAACAGAUGAAAAAUGAGGUUUUUUAUCAUUGCUAACCUCAAACAUUGGCUUAGAAUGGCUCAAUAUAAUAGAAUGAAUGAUGAAUCGUCCAAAUUUAUGUGCAUAUUCAAAUCAUUCAAGGAAACUCUCAAUCUCAGUUUACCCCCAAUACGCCCCAAUAGAUCGUGAAAUAUUCAGACAGGCGUGAUGUUUUGAAACAUUUCUUUCCUGGGCUCAGAAGGCGUUUUUAAAUCAAAUUUGCUCCGCCAAUUUACUCGGAAAAAGCUUUCCGGCUGCGCUUGUUGGACGUUUUUAAUCAGUUGGAUGAAAGAAAAAAAGAAAGAAAGACAGACGUUGUUGAUCGAUUGAUUGGUUAUUUAUUAUCUCUUCGCAUCUUGUUAAUUGUUAUCCAUGAUUGUAUGUAUAAAAUGGUUGUGCUUUCACGCCCUCAAUACUGUUUGGAAAGGUUGAUUCACUAUUUUUUUGUUUUUAAAAGAGAGAGACGGGAGAAAGAUUUAUUGAAAAAUACGGUCGUGGGGAACAAGCGCGCAAUUUUGGCGUUUUUCGCAGUGAAAAAUAAUAUUUCAUUGAUUUCCGCGCUGCAAAUUCCUCGGGUUUGGUGUUUUUCGCGGUAGAUUUUGUAAUUUACUAAUUAGAUCGUAGGCUAAAGUUCCUGGUAGACACUCGCCCCCUAUGCCAAAUUAUCUUGAUAAAAAAGGCACAUCCACACGCAGACAUCAAGUUAAUAAACGCCUUUAUUAACAGCAAUUUUUGAAUUAUAUAAAGAAAAAAAACUAAAACAAAAUUACUUAAGCUUAAGAUAUAAAAAUCAUAGGCGUCUCUGCAAGAAACAAAAAAUUUGAUUUAAUUGAGAGGAUUAAAUUUGAAUAAUUAAUUACUAACUUAAAUAAAGGACGCAAAAAGGAAAAAUGCGUCUCUGAUAUUAUGAAAAGAUGAGUUUUACCUACCGUAUAACUUGUAAGUCUAACUUCUAUACCAAAGAGAAGAGGAGGCGACGACGACGAUGCAUAGGAUUUAUGCUUUAAUGAAGUAAUCACUAGGGAGUCAGAGAGAAAUUUACUUACAAAUCACGGACAUAACCAUAGAGUAUAAAAUAAUCAAAGAGGCGAAAAGGAAAAGCUCCGUCUUUGAUUAAAGCAAGGGAUAUUGAGCAAAUAAAACUAGCCAGAAGAGAGACAGCCAUAUUUAAUUCCGUCGUAUACAUGAGAUUUGAUUUUGCAAGCACAAAUAUACACAAAAUUGUUUGCCAUCCACAACAAUUUCCAUAAUAAAUCCAACAUAUCACGUUUCUUUUACUCAAGUUAAAUCUUCAAAUUUAGGUGUUAAAAAAUCUGCAUGUGAAAGGAAAAUUGAAAGCUUUAAAAGAGAUUUCCGUUUUGCUGAAUGUUGAAAAUUUACAAAAAAAUUUAGAUUGGAAACCUUUUAUUUAAUUUAGUUGGAUUUAUUUUGCAUCACUUUGAGUGUCAUUUUCACAUAUCACAAACCCCGAAACGUUGGUCUAGUUCAGUGAAAAUUCAAACAGUUUUUCCACACAUAAAACUCUGAUAUAUCUGGAUGUGAAUUUAUUGUGAAUUUCGAUCCGUCUAACAAAAGCAACUUUCUAGCUGAAGGCAGUCCACAUUUUCUAGAAUCUAUCUUACAAAUAAUAUUCUCUCCGCUUGAAUAUAAUACUCGCCGGAUUCUGUUGAUUGCAUUUUCACGCACACAAUUAUCAAAAUAGAAGAAAUUAAGUUCUUUGCUCAUUUUAAUGAGAGAAGUAGAAAUAAUUUCAGUGCCGCGCUUUUCAGAUCUCUCAAUUUUUUUCCCGAUGAUUACAAUAAAAGAGCUUGGCUUUAUAUAUGGAUAUGUAGGCUUAUGAUUUGCAAUCGUAAUCAAAUUAUAUCAGUAGCGAGUGUACAUUUAAUCACAAAUUUACACAAGUAUAAAAUAUUAAAAAAAUGAGUCCGUGGAUGAUUUUUGAGUGCCUUUUGCCCGCGCGAUUUUGUAUCAUUAAAUUUGCAGAUUAAAAAGUAAAUCUAUAUCUCAAGGUAUUAUACAUAGAUGUGUAGUUGCUUGACCCCGAAAUAUGAGUGAGUCCCUGAGUAAGUUUUUGCUAAGUUUUCCGCCAUAACAAUCAAUCACGAAACCGUUUCGGGAGAGCAAAAGAAAGAAAGAAAGCUUGUUUGCGAGCGCCAAAAAACCGUUUGUAAAUAAUAUGACAAUACUUCUUCUACCCACACUCUAACCUAGGAAAAAAGUUAAACCCGUUUCUCUAAUCUAUUUGAAAGGGUAAGAGUGAGAAAAUAAAACAUGUAGCGACGAGACGAAAAAGGAGGGGUGGAUUUAGGGAGGCAUAAAAUAUACAAAAAAUUAAUCAGACAAAAUAUGGUGAUACGUCCUAUUUUUAUCAAAUGAUAAGCUGAUAUAUUUAACAACAAAAAAUGAAUUAUAUGCACUAGUUGAAGAAGUUAUGAAGCCAAAAAUACGAUUCUUAUUUGUUAAAUCGCCAGGCUGAAUUUCGUGAAUUCUACUCGGUAUGUAAUUGUAAAACAUCUUGCUAUGUAAGGAGAAAAUUAACUCUCGAAUACUGAAAUGCGAAAUUUGUAAUAUUUACGCUUCUAUAAUCUCGGUGUGUUUUUAUACACAUAAAAAAAAUGAAAACGCUGUUAAUCUAUAUAAUAUUAUUAUAUACGAUCAAAAACUUUUUAAACCAGAAAAAAAUUGAAUCCACUUAAGUAAUGUAAAUAAUAUUCCACUUAUGUAGCUGUCGGUGAAAAUUAUUGCGCAUAUACAUCUCUUUUUAAAAUCCAAACGUCUUGGGUGAGAACAAAAAUUGAAGUAGCCUGUUGUCCAACCUCAAAGGAAAUUGCGAUGGAAA